AUGCCGUCAUUUGUGGCGCCCGAGAACAUAGCCAUCCCCCCAGUCGAUGAAACUGAAACAAGAGAGCAGAAUGGGGCUACGGCGCCAGUCACCCCCCGCUCGCCGCAGUGGGCGGCGGAGGAGGUGCUGGUUGAAGGCAAGAUGCACAAGAAGCAUAAAGCUCUGUCAACGAGUGCGGUCCUGCUCCUUGCAUGGCAAAGUCUGGGCGUUGUCUACGGGGACCUGGGGACCUCAUGUCUCUACGUGUACUCAAACACGUUUCACAGCCCCCCCAGCCAUCAAGACCUCCUAGGCGCGGCGUGUAUCAUCUUCUGGACGCUGACGUCCAUCGCCCUUGUGAAGUACGUCAUGAUUGUUCUGCACGCGGACGACGACGGGGAAGGCGGCACCUUUGCAAUGUACAGCUUGCUGUGCCGGCACGCGCGCAUCAGCCUGCUGGAGACGGCCAAGCUCAACGUCACCGCCAAGCCGCGCCUGACGCGCGCACAGAGCAGCAAGGUCAGCGCGCGCGGGGUGGUCAGGGGACUGCUCGAGGGGAACAAGUCACUGCAGAAGGCUCUAAUGGUCUUCGUUCUCAUGGGCACGUGUAUGGUGAUUGGGGACGGAAUCCUGACGCCGGCCAUCUCCGUACUAUCGGCGGUGGAGGGUAUCCAUGUCGGUUACUCCGGCCUCUCAAGAAGCGCGAUCGUGGGCAUCACGUGCGCGAUCCUGAUCGCGCUCUUCCUGUGCCAGCACAAGGGCACCGGCCGCGUCGGCAACUGGUUCGCGCCCGUCAUCGGGAUUUGGCUGGUCGCCAAUCUCUGCAUCAACCUGUACAAUAUUUCCAAGCACCACCCGGGCAUGUUCCGGUGCAUAAAUCCGUGGCACGGAUUGGAUUACUUCAUACGGAACGGAAAGACGGCCUGGGUGUCGCUCGGGGGGCUGGUGCUGUGCAUCACCGGAACGGAGGCCAUGUUUGCGGACUUAGGACAUUUUCCGCGGCAAGCGAUCCAGAUGGGCUUCCUGCUGAUCGGCUACCCGAGCCUGGUCAUCACCUACAUCGGCCAGGCCGCCUACUUAUGGCAGCACCCCGAGAACUACGCAUCCACGUUCUACAGCUCCGUCCCGGGCCCCAUUUUCUGGCCCAUGUUCGUUCUCGCGACUCUAGCCACUAUUGUCGCGAGCCAAGCCAUGAUCAGCGGGGCCUUUUCCAUCAUAAAGCAGAGCAUGUCGCUCAGCUGCUUCCCAAAAGUUAGAAUAAUUCACACGUCCAAGACGAUGGAGGGCCAGAUUUAUAUCCCGGAGAUCAACUACGUGUUCAUGGUGCUGACAAUCGCGGUCGUGGUGGGGUUUCAGGACAGCACGCAGAUCGGGAACGCGUACGGCGUGUCCGUGAUGUCCGUCAUGCUCAUCACGACGUUCCUCAUGAGCCUGGUCAUGCUCAUGGUGUGGCGCCUCCCGCCGUGGCUGCCGGCCCUGUUUUUCGCGGUGUUCGGCUUCAUCGAGGCAAUUUACCUGUCUUCCACGCUCUACAAGAUCGCCAACGGGGCCUGGUUCCCGGUGCUGCUCUCCGGGCUGCUACUGGUCAUCAUGUACGCGUGGUACUACGGCUCCAGCCGCAAGAGCCUCUUCGACCAGAAGAACAUGGUCAACGCGCAGGGCCUCACGGAAUUCUUGGCGAACAUGCCGGUGACACGUGUCCCAGGCGUCGGGCUCUUUUACAGCGACACGGCGCACGGCGUGCCCCCGGUAUUCACACACUUCAUCACGCACCUCCCCGCCGUGCCUGAGGUUCUCAUCUUCAUGAACAUUCGUCACGAACCGGUCCCCCGCCUGGAAGACGAGGACCGGCUGCUCGUGAAGCCGUUCGGCAUCAAGGGCUACUACCGCUGCGUCGUGCGGUACGGCUAUCAGGAGUCCGUUCGACAGGGCGAGGAAUUUACGACCCAGCUGCUGAACAAGAUCAUUGAAGUCACACGAUUCGAGCUAGGCGACUCGGGCCCCGUGGACGCGAGCCCGGAGUCGCCCCGUCUUGAGGCCUCGUUGUCUUCAUCCCCACUGGUAUCCAGCGCGCCAGUCAAGCUUGCACCCGGUAAAAGUUUCAUUGCUGGACCAAGAGAGCGCGCGCAAGUCGAAGAAGACCUCGCUCUUCUUGAGCAAGCGCGCAGCGGGGGCAUUGUCUACGUAUUGGGCCGCAGCGUGAUCCACGUGUCGCCCUCCGCGUGGGUCGGCAAGCGGUGGACAUUAUACUUGUACGCGGGGCUCAAGGCAAUCAGCCGUUCUACGACGCAGAACUACCAGAUUCCCCACUCUAAGCUCAUUGAAGUGGGGAUGAUCUACGAUGUCUAG